AGUGAUAGCAGAGAUGGCUAAGUGAAUAGUGAGCUUUGAACAGUGAACAGUGCAUUGAUAUAUACGCAUACAGACAUACCUGACAAUGUCUACAAUUUUGUGAUAUGAGUGAUAAGGAUCAUAUAAAUCGAUGUUUGUCGGUUCUACGAAGCGCAACAAAAGUGAUACUAAUACAAAGUGAUUGAAAUGUGGUGAAGUAAAAAUUUGUGCUUUAAAAAGAUUAAAUGUGCGAAAAAAAAUUUUAGGAAAAUAAAAAAUUUUGAUUUACUGGAAGUUUUUGCACAGUCGUUAUAAUUUUGAAGUGUUCAAGCAUUCAACAUGCAAUUUUCAAACCUACAAGUAUAAAUAUCAAACAGUUUUAAAAAGCGAAAAUAUUCUCCUUAAAAUUGGCAUCAACACGCAACUUCUAACGAAUCACUUACCCACACAAUUUUCAUAAGAAAAUGCAUAAGUGCUUCGUAAAAAUCGCAAAUGUGUUUCGUCAAAAAUCCACAAACCCUCCAACUGAAGUUGAGUAUUUGAACGGCGUUUCGGAAGUGGAUAUGCGUCAUGGUGGUGCAUAUGUAGACAAUGUUGGCGAACGGGAAAGUAACGAGCGGGAAGUCGGUGAAGCGAACGGCGAGAAAGCCAAUACACGAACGGCCGGCGUCAAAGACAAGCAACGACCCAAUAACAUUUCGAGCGAUAAGCAUAAGGAGUGCAGAGAUAAGUGCAGCGAUAAUAUCGAUAAGACAAUCAACGUCACCACCAGUACGAGUACAAGCAUUAUUACCAAUGCUGCGAAGCCACAGCGCGUCGAUGGUAUCGUCAAUAGCGUGUUGAAUGAGCGAAUGGCGCCGAGAAAUAAGCGAGGAAACGAGGUCGUCAAGCAGAAGUCUCCUAAGACUAAAUACUUCUUGCGCAGCGCAACGUCACCAAGUCUAGGCAAGGUUGAACAUGAUGUAGGGAUGAUGGGCUCUACCGAUAUGAGUGAUGUAGUCUAUAGAUGCAGCUACCAAGGCGGCGGGGCAGGUGAAAAUAGAAAUAGUGCGCGUAGUAGCACACGAAGUAGUGGUAUAUUUCGACUAUUUUUGGGUAGCAGCAAGAAAAAGAAAAACGAGAAAGGGAAGGAUAAGGAGAAGGAAAAAGAAAAGAAGAAAGAGUGUGGCAAUGAAAAGGAAAAAGAAAAAGCGAAGAAAAAAGGCAAGGAAAAGGUAGCGCCAUUAGCGGCAAUGGAACCACAGCAAUUGGGUUUCGACGAAGAUGAGGAAAAAGCAUUCACUAAAGUCAACAAGAGCUCAAACAUUGCGCCAAAGGCGCUAAAGGAAAUGCGUACCGACGCUGACGUCGACAAAAAAAAAACCACCUCAAAUGAUAUCAAAGCGGAACUGUUACACAGCACAAAUGAUAAAAGUGCGCGUGGAAAAAUCGCCACUCAUACAAGCACAACAACCUGCGGCAAUGGUAUUGACGAUAGCGACACACAUCGGUAUAGCACAAAGGGAGGUGUGGACGUUACGUGCGAGGCUGCGGUGGACAUCAAGUGCACGCCACACCGUGCAAAGACUAAAUCCAUUGAGGCACACGAUGAACGCAGCUACAUUUCCGAGUACAAGUCCUUUGUCGAGGAUGAAAGGCCUAACUUAAUUGGCUCGCCAUUCCCCGAAACGGAAGCUUUCAAUUUUGAGAAGGCGCUUAAUCGCAAAACGAGUGAACGCCACUCAAGCCCGUUAGUGGAUAUACAAAACAAAUGUGGGGUCGAUGUGAAAGCACAGCUAUCAUCAUCGCACGCCAAUCUUAAUGAUUACAUUCUGGCGCACACAAAUGGAUUAACACCAAAAACGCCUGAGGAGAUCGAGUAUGAGAAAAAUAUUGCAGCGGAGAGUGCUGACAUUAUGACACCACUUCCACAGAAUCUUACGUUUCACUCGGCCCGUUUGUCUCUCAGUACUGGACGCACACUCGCCUCAGAUAUUGCCGAUAUGAUACGCAAUUUGGAUGCGAAUACAUUGCGAAUUAACAAUAUGACUGUUGAGGAAAAGAUGGAGCUCAUGAAGCGCUUCGAGCAAGCACAACAGCAGCAGCAGCAAGAAAAACAAUUACAAACAUCACAAAUCCAUCAUCCACAUUAUCAAAAUCAUCACGCGUCCAACACAAAUCAGCAUAGUCCACUGAGGCGUGCGAGCACUUCACGGAAUGUGAAUCCCAUGCGUCUGGCGAUGGAAAACCGCAUUGCUAUGCAGGCUACAGCACUAACAUCUACAACCGCAUCAGUAUCUGCGGCGCAGCAACUACAAGGUGUUGGUGGCGGUGGUGCUGACGAAUCUACGUGCGACUCAGAUGGCGAGAAUGUGGAGGUGGUAUUGCGGCGCAAAUUUGUGGACUAUCCCGGCGGCGAGAAGGUGACAGUGUCAACGUGCCUCUACGAACGCCGCCAGCCGAAGUGUCCCAAACUGAAGUUGUUGGUGCAAUCACAAAAUAACGAGAAUCGUGAGGAAGGAAGCGCUGAGCGAUCUCUCAUGGACGUGAAAUUUCCAACCGUAUUACCACCGAAUCCCCAACUAAAGGCUUUAUUGGUUUUCCACAAGUCGGACAAUAUCUGCGAAGUGGUGACGGAGGCAUGCCAUCGACAGCAACUCGAUGUGACGGUGGCGCGCACAAAAGAGGGUGCCCUCGAGACUUUGUCCAGCACAAGUGAGGAGUUUUAUCAUUUGAUUAUAAUCGAUGCACGCUCCACAAAGCAUUUGGAUGCUGAGUAUAUAGCCAGAUCCAUACGUCAUACAAAAGGUCAUCAUUUUACGACAAUAAUUGCUGUGGUUAAAAAGAGUUUCUUUGAAAAGGAUGAUGUCCUAAUCGCACUAUUAGACGCUGGCGUUAAUAGGUGCGUUCCCGAGACCACAAAUCUUUCAAUGUGCAGCAUUGAGCUAAAACAAAUCCUGCAUUCAAUCGUACGACCACACAAUGUCAUGUCAACCCAGCAAGCCCUAUACACUGCGCUGCAUCGGCUGAAGGAAGUUAUCCUCAUCACAGACAACCACCUACGCAUACAGUAUGCCAAUCGGGCGGCCGAACGUUUGCUGAAUAUGCGACUGGACGAAAUAAUUAGCAAGCCGUUGACGGAUAUUUUCAUUACCGAUGUCUCAUCAUUUAUGAUGCAAAGCCGUAAGAAUAAAGAAUUCGAUGAGAUAUUGACUGUGCGGCGCAAGGGACAGGAGGAUGUUUCAAUGCAUAUACGUGUCAUACAAGUGGCAUGCAUAGGCAGAACACCCACACACUUUGUCUUUAAUCUCGAUGUACCUGGAUCACAUGGUGACUUUGUCGCCACACUACCACAAGCCAGAGAAGCACCACGCGGUUCACAGCACUCCAUACGCCGUGGCAGUGUCGAUGUGCGUUCUGUGGCAUCCGAUGGCUUACGGCGUACCAGUCUGGCCAAGUUGACAUCACUACCGCUGGAGGCGCCCAUUACAAAAAUAAUCAAUUUACUCUCCCAAGUACAGGAGAAUUGUUCGCCGGACGAGGCACGGCUCAUCGAUAAAGUGAUGGAGUUCUUAAAGCGUGAAGGACUUUAUAGUCCACAAAUGAAGGAAAUACGCACAGAUGAUCCAAUAGCCACUGAUCUAAUCGGAGCGCUGUUGACGGGGCCAAGUCUAUAUUCAUCACGACGCAGUUCAAAUGACUCUAUCAUACGCGUAACUGGGCGCCAAUCCACUAGUAUGCCUGCCAAAAUGAAGGCCACUCCGCACAUAAUGGAACUACUUGAAGAAUCUCUUAGUUGGGAGUUUGAUAUUUUCAAACUCGAAGAAAUUACCGAAAAGCGACCACUCCUCUAUUUGGGCAUGGAAAUGUUCCGGCGUUUCAAUGUCUUCGCAACGCUUAAUAUCGAUGAGAAUGUCUGCAAGAGUUGGCUGGCCGUAGUCGAGGCCAAUUAUCAUGCGAAUAAUUCAUAUCACAAUAGCACACAUGCCGCCGAUGUCAUGCAGGCCACCGGCUGUUUUCUCACUCAGCUAGCUGCCAAAGAUAUGGGCAUGGACCAUACCGAUGAGGCCAUCGCGCUAAUUGCUGCCGCCGCACACGAUAUCGACCAUCCAGGCCGCUCUUCGGCGUUUCUAUGCAAUUCGCGCAAUGCCCUAGCGCUACUGUACAAUGAUCUGUGCGUCUUGGAGUCGCAUCAUGCUUCAAUUACCUUUAGGCUAACAUUAAGUGAUGACAAAAUCAAUAUCUUCAAGAAUUUAGACACUGAAAGCUACAAAUCGGUACGCAGCGUUGUGAUUGACAUGAUUUUAGCUACAGAAAUGACGCGGCAUUUUGAACAUCUGGCCAAGUUUGUCAGCAUUUUCGGCUCGGAUGAGGAACCCAAGGAUAUCGUACAAUCAGAAGAGGAGAGUUCCAUUCUCAUACGUCGCAUGAUGAUCAAAGUGGCGGAUGUGAGUAAUCCGUCGCGUCAACCAUCCUAUUGUGUUGAAUGGGCGCGACGUAUUGCCGAGGAGUACUUCACUCAAACCGAUGAGGAGAAGGCGAAGGCUUUGCCAAUUGUUAUGCCAAUGUUCGAUAGAAAUACGUGCAGUAUACCUAAGAGUCAGAUCGGUUUCAUUGAAUACAUUAUACAGGAUAUGAUGCACGCAUGGGAUAGUUUCAUCGAUAUGCCUCAAUUGGUUACCUAUAUGCAGAUCAAUUACUCGCAAUGGAAGAAAUUCGAAGAACAAGGUGUACACACACUUGCGGACGUUAAAAGCAAACAGCACAGUUUGAGUGUGAAGAAGAGUGUCAAAUAGCAUUUGGCAUUCAAGAGGUUGUUCUCAGGACUAUUAAAACCACAGCCGGUCCAGCCUCCAUGUGCGAUGACGAUUGGCGAAAAUGAAAUGGAAUAUUGCUUACAGAAAUAAAGUACAUAGAACAAGAACAGAAGAGUUGAAAUGAAAUGAAAUGAAAUUGAAAACAUGGAGGUAAAGGAGGUGAAAGAGAAUUGGCGCAAAUUUAAACGCACGUAAGAAAGAGGAAGGAAGGUACAGCUAACGAGAUCAACGGGUAGUGAGAUGUCAUAAAUAUACAUACAUAUUUAUGAGUUAUUGGCGAAUCUAUAGCUCAAUGUACAUGUAUAUGUGCCGAAGAGCUAAAAAUGUAAGGUGCAGCUAACAGAUAGUUUCGUACGCGAAGAUGGCAAAACUGAAGAAAUCUCUUAAUUGUACUCAACGCAAAUGCCACGCUUUAAGCCGCCUACAGAUUCUGAAAUUUUAAUAAUGGCUAAUAACAACUAGUAGAGGUAUUCACUUUGCACGGCAAUUAAGCACUUUAAACAAUUCUUAAAAUUAUUUUUAUUAGUUUUAAAGAGACGAACUGAAAAGGAAUUUUACAAAAAGUUGCCACUGGCUAUUUUGGAUAUCAUAUAAAGAGCUCUUGAAAAUAUUUUGCAGCACAGGCAAAAGUUACAAUUGCUCAGCUUAGUGAAUACUGCUGCUAGUUAGUUGCUAGAAAGAGUGAAAAAUCUAAAAAAAACAAAAACAAAUACAAAAAAAAAGAAAUAAAAUAGUAUAUAUAUUUGCACAGAGAGUAACCGAUACGAUUGCGCCGGCACCGGCUGUACAGCACACACACACAAAGCUAUAAUAAUGUUCAUUUUUCUUGGGCUGGACUCAAAAUUUAUAAUUUCUCAAAACAAACAAACAAACAAACAUGAAAAAAUCACAAAAUGACCAAAUGAAAAAACUAUAAAAAUAUAAAAAUACAAAAAAGUGGUUUUCUACACUUUUAAAAGGCAAACAAAUAUUUUAAGAGGACAUCUUAGAAUUUAUAAAAGUUAUUGUUCAAAAAAAUACUUAUGUAUAUUGUAAUAAAUGUUGUUGGGCGUUAUGAAUUAAACAGUUUUUAAGAAAAUAUGCAGACUUUUUAGUAAAAUUUUACUGGACAAUCUCUGUGAGGCUAACACUGUCACAAAAGCCAUUCAUUUUCUUUUAAUGUUACAAAUUUCUAGGGUUUUCCAAUUAUUUUUCUAUAAGAAAUUUUUGUAAAUUUUACAACAAUAACGCAAACAAUAUUUCAGACAACAAAAACAACUAAGUAAUUUAGGCUUCUAAUAAUUGUUUAUAUACAUAUUUUUUCUUGAAAUAUUUUUUUUAAACCAAAUGACUGAUCUAACUACCGAAAAUAAAACCAAGCUGCAUAAGCUGAUGUCGUAUGCAGGCACUGUAACUGUUACUGGAUUUUUUUGAAAAAUUUUUAAAACAAUUUCUCAAGUAAAGCAAAGCGGAAAAUGCAAAAAACUUAAAUUAACAGCCUAUUUAUGAUAUACAAAUUUCUGCAACAACAACUAAAAUAAAAUUAAUAUUUAUGUAGUUAUUAGAAAUUAAAUAAAAAAAACCAACAAAAAUCACAAAUUAGUUAAAAAUGGAAUCAAAUCAAAUAUAAAUAUUUAAGCUAUCUUGCAUACAAAUGUAUGUGUAUCUUAUUGAUGUGGAACAGACUAAAACCUACUUACGCAAUACAUUUAGUAUCGUAUUUAGGUACUAUAAUAUUUAAUUACAUAAAUGUAAAGAGAAAAUUCAAACAAAUUUAUACGGAUUUAGGCAAUUGUUUGCUUGUGCCAAAAAUGCGCGUAACUACAAAUUAUAUACUUAUGUUGCAACAACAACAAUUUUAAAAACUCCGUGACUGAAGCUCGCUCGAGCUGCAUUGCGUUAAACUUUGUCUUUUUUUAAUUCGCUUAAGCUCUUUAAACUCGCUUAAAACUUUGAAUCGGUGUUAGUUAAAAACAGAUAAGAUUUUCAAAAACGUCUGCGGAAAAAUUAAGAAAAUUAAGAAAAAUUAAACUACAAAAUAGAACAAAAUUUGUAACUAAACAAAAAUUAAUACUUAAGUUUGAUUGUACUAAAAGAUAUAACAUAUGAAAACAAAAACAAACAAAAAAACAACUAAAAACAAAAACAACUAAUAACAAAAUACAAGAUUUGUUUGCUCCUUGCAGGUUAAGGAUAAAAAGAAAAUGUAUGUUAAGCCUUAGUGAAUUUUAUUGUAAGAAAUAAAAGAAACUACAAACAAA